CCGGUCAGCACAGACUCGGUGCUCAAGGCCAUGGCCGAUGCUCUGCCUACGCACCAGGCAAACGACGAGUCGUCCGACAUUGCAAGUUCCUACGAGGCCGUAGCGCUGCUGGCUCACGCUUACUUUGCCUCUCUCGACUUUCGCCUGUACGGCUUCAGCGAAGACAAGUUAUUGCCCGAAUGCCAGACCUUGGCGCCCCGGCUCCCCCCUCAGUGGAACAAUGGAUUCGGCGCUCUAUCAUUCGUGUACAAGCACAAGCAGUCGGCCAUGACGUUUGUCUUGCGCGUCGACCGCAUGGGCUCAAAGGUCGAGAUCAGGGCCCUCGCCGUCGGCGCCGAGACCAUCCACCGAGUCGAGUAUGAGAUUCGAAAGGUCGUCAACUCUAGCAAACUGCCCUUGCGCAUCGCUCUAGACGCCGAGGGAAAGGAGGACCGAAGUAGUCUCGUGGGGAUGCUGCAGAAUCUCUUUGUUUCGUCCGAAAUCAUCGAGACGAUAUUACGGGACCUGAGGGUCAAUCUUGUGCAAAAGUUGAUCCCAAAGCUUCAGAAGGAGGGCUAUGUUGAGACGGAGGAAAACAAGAUAAACGCAGAAGAGGAAGCCGAACGACGAAAUCAACAACGCCGUCGCAGCUUCGAACGAGCCGAACCACUCAUCCCUACCAGCUCUAUAUUUCCUCCCCGCCCUGGUGCGAUCCCACAGGCUGCAGAGCCAUUUCGACCAGAACAACCGCCACAUCCAUAUCCGCACCCCGAUAUACUACCUGCUGGUGCCCCUCGGCGACCUAUACCUGGCGACUUCCCCCCUCCAGGCUUUGAGGAUGAGCACGAAAUCAAUUCUCCGCCGCGGACCAUGGGGGGGCUAAGAAUGCCCUUCGGCAACGUAGGACAUGACGAUCUCAAUCCGCAAGGACUUGGACCCCACGAUCCACUCAGGGGGUCGUUUGUGGGCGAAGGUCGGCCUCGACCCGGCGGCUUCUCAGGCAUGCAUCCCACCUUUGACGAUCCGCUGUUCACGGGACGGGGUGGCUGGGGAGGCCAAGGAUAUGACCAAGGCUAUAACUCGCAAAGGCCUCCGGGAGCUAGAUAUGAUCCGGUCGAUCCUAGUGACGGGCCCACGUAUCCCCUGGGACAGAGGCCGUCUUAUCCAGGGAGAAGGGGCGGCGGCAACGGAGGAGGGGGUUUUGGCUUUGGCUCUGGACCGGGUGGUUUUGGUUCAGGCGGCGGCUUUGGUCCGGGCGAUAUUAUUUGA